UAAAUGCUCAAUAUAUAAUUGUACAUGCGGCGUUCGUGCACAAUCUGACAACCAUGUGGCAUCCAGAAAAAAUGGCGAUUGACACUGACAUAAACCUUCUGUGUAUAUGUUUUGAUGUUUUGUGGCUUUGUGUGUGUAGCAGUGUGUAGUGUACUUCUCUUGUUUUGGAAGAGUUUUGUAAUUUUGUUUUUUAACCGGCAAUUUUGGAUUUUUACCAUCAAAUUUAGAUAUCUUAUAGGGAAUACUAAGGAUAUUAAAAUGGUCGACGAUGAAGAUUUAAAAGAAUACAGAUGGGAAACCGGCUAUGAAAAAACUUGGGAAGCAAUAAAAGAAGAUGAUGAUGGCUUUCUGGAGGCCUCUGUGGCAGAUAUUGUCCAGAGAGCGAAGCGGAAAAGGCAAGCAAUGAAACAGGGAAGCCAAAAACUGGGGAUGAUGAGACAUUUAUUUUUAUUGUUGGAUUGCUCAGAGUCAAUGUCUGGUCAAGAUUUGAAACCUACUCGUCUUAUUUGUACCUUAAAACUCCUAGAAAUAUUCCUAGAGGAAUUCUUUGAUCAAAACCCAAUAAGUCAAAUGGGCAUCAUAAUAAUGCAUAACAAGAGAUCCGAAAAAAUCAGUGAUUUAGCUGGUAAUUACAAGAAACAUACUAGGAUAUUAAAAACUCUAAACCAAAGUUCACUUGUUGGAGAGCCAUCCUUACAAAAUGGCUUGGAAAUGGCGUUAUCAUCAUUGAAAUUGCUCCCAUCUCAUGCUAGUAGGGAGAUCUUGGUUAUUAUGGGAAGUCUGACAACCUGUGAUCCUGGAGACAUCCAUCUGACAAUAGAGAACUUGAAGAGUGAAGGAGUUCGGUGCUCUGUGAUCGGACUGGCAGCCGAGGUGCACAUUUGCAGGCAGCUGGCCAACCACAGUGGUGGCAUCUACAAUGUUAUCCUGGACGACGCGCACUUCAGGGACCUGUUGAUGCAACAUGUGGAACCACCACCAGCAGCUGUUUCACUGGAGUCCAGUUUGAUCAAGAUGGGUUUCCCGCACCAAAUAGAUAGGGACGCAGAUGCUGCUGAAGAACCGCUCACAAUGUGCAUGUGUCACGUAGACAAUAUGGAAGAUAGCAGUAAGCUGACAACAGGCGGCUACUAUUGUCCUCAGUGCUACAGCAAAUAUUGCGAACUGCCAGUGGAAUGCAGGGCAUGCGGUCUCACGUUAGUCUCCGCGCCCCACCUCGCUAGGUCGUACCACCACCUUUUUCCUGCUGCCAACUAUGCGGAGGUUCAGUUCCAGAACCAAGUUGCCAUUUGCUAUGGGUGCCAGAGACCAUUUGGAGAUGCUGAUAAACAGGUUUACGACUGUCCAAAUUGCAAGAAGGUAUUUUGCAUAGACUGUGACAUAUUUGUACAUGAGACUCUUCAUACAUGUCCUGGAUGUGCCACAAACUUGGACACAUUCCAAAUAACUCACUCAUAAUAUAUAAGUAUAGUAUUUAUGUAUUUUUAUAAAUGUUGUUAAGAAAUAUGUGUUCUUUCUUUAGCACCCUCUAUCACUAUUAUUUGAAUAUUUAGUUAAUACCUGGCACAUCCAUAUUAUGCAUCUCUUUUCUAUUCUUUUGAUUUUGGUUACAAGUUAACCCUUUGCAGCCACGUUUAUCUUUUUAAUAUGAAG